AUGAUGCUAAGGGUUCCUCAAAGAUGCCACCCCCGCAGACGUCAUCAUGGCACUUCUUCUACUUUUACUCAUGUGUCUGUGCCAUUGAAGGGCGAUGCAGAAUCUGCCGUGCCACUUCCGGCGGGACACGAGGAUGAGUCGGUGCCAGAGCCUAUCUGGUACCCUGGGGGUCCUAUAGACGCAUCCCUUUUGACAUGGUAUGAAGAUCAUGAAGCUAGGCGUAUAUGGGAUGGAGAUGAUAGGGAUCCGCAGAGAUUCUACAACCACGGUCGGAAGAUUGCGGGUCUUGCGCAGCCUAACGAGUUGUGGUUCCAGGAUGUACUAGCAGCUUCUUGCCUGAAGGACCUCUGUCAGGUGGGCUACACGAUGAUACAUAAUGGGAUGCUGAUGGCAUUUGCGGAGAGAUGGAAUUCAGAGACUUCCUCAUUUCAUCUUCCUCACGGCGAGAUUACCAUCAUUCUAGAUGAUGUGGCAUGCCUCCGACAUCUACCUAUCAGGGGUACCCUCCUUGGUCAGGGUUGGAUGACGAAGGAGCAAGCAAUGAAGAUGUUGAUUACUGAGCUGGGGUGCGAUCUGAAUGACGCACUUGAGGAGGUGGAGAGGACUCGCGGGGCGCAUGCUGCUGGCGACGAGGUGGAGGCGAAUAUACACAGAGAGCGGGCACUGAGGUGCUUGUGGAAGACAAGGACGAUGGCAGGCAGCUAUACUCUUUUAGUGGGAGAGGUGUCAACCUACACUGAGCUCAUGCCGCGUCCCAGUAGAUUCAGCCCCCGCAGAGGGAACCAGGAGCCUCUACUAUACAGGCGCGUACUUGAUCGCAUUGCUGUCGAGGACGUACGUUAUGACUGCUAUGCUGAGUACUGGAAGACGAUUCCCUUUGAUGAGAUAGAACUGUAUUCUAGAUUGUUGGCCGCCAACUUGGCCAUCCUUGUAUGUUAUCUUCUGGAGCGCGUCAUGCGUCAGUUUGGCUACGCACAGACAAUACCUCGCGACCCUAUAGUCUCAGCUCCUAUCACCAUGACCCGUCGGCAGUUAGAUGAGGUAUUUGCAGACUGGGAGCAUCACAUGGUUCCUGAGGAGGCUCGGACGAAGAGAGCAGAGAGCGACUAG